AUGUCGUUUGCUUGGAAAGCAUUGGCGACUUUGGCAGUCGCCAUCGCCUCUCGCUCUGCCUUUGCGCAGAGCAUCAUUGGCAACCAAGAUACUAUGACCAUCUCUAAUAUUAAUGCUGGCCCAGAUGGCUUCACCAGACCUGUCAUCGCGGUCAAUGGCGAAUUCCCUUCUCCCCUCGUUAGGGCCAACAAGGGCGACGACUUUCGAAUUAACGUCGUGAACAAUUUGGACGAUGACACUAUGCUUCGUCAAACCAGUGUUCACUGGCACGGUGUCUUCCAGCACCAGUCUGCUUGGGCUGAUGGCCCGGAUGGUGUUACUCAGUGUCCCAUUCCCCAAUCAGGCCAAGAGUUCGAAUAUGCAUUCAAUGCAGGACAAGAGGCAGGCACAUUCUGGUACCAUUCUCAUUACGGUACUCAAUACUGCGAUGGCCUCCGUGGUCCUUUGGUCAUCUACGAUCCCGAAGAUCCUCAUCAGGAUCUCUACGAUGUCGACGACGAGAAUACUAUUAUCACCUUGGCCGAUUGGUACCAUCUCCAAGCGCCUUCUAUCCAAGGCCCUGCUGUCUCUCAGGCGACCCUCAUUAAUGGAAAGGGCCGACGACCUGGCAACACCGAAGGCGACAUCGCCGUCGUGAACGUCGAGAAGGACUCGAGGUACCGAUUCCGCAUCGUUUCCCUCUCCUGUGACCCCGACUACACGUUCUCGAUUGAUAACCACACCAUGACCAUCAUUGAAGCUGACGGGCAAAACACCAAGCCCCUCGAGGUCGAGAGUAUCAGAGUCUUCGCUGGACAAAGGUACUCUGUCGUCGUGAACGCUGACCAGGCUAUCGGCAACUACUGGAUCCGUGCUGAGCCCAACAUCGGUGACACUGGACUGGUUGGAACCAGCGGAGGUGGUGUCAACUCCGCCAUCCUGCGCUAUGCCACCGCCGACGAGGUCGAGCCCGAUACACCAAGGCUUACCAACCGACCCGCCUUGCAAGAGUCGAACCUCCGCGCAUUGACUUCCGGUGUCCCAGGAGGCGAUGGUCCUGCUGAUAUUACCUUCACCUUCAACCUCGGCCUCAACUUCGCAACUGGCACAUUCUCCAUGAACCCUGGCGAGAGCUGGGUCCACCCUGACACUCCUGUCAUGGUCCAGAUCAUGAAUGGCGUUCCUGCCGAGGAUCUCGUUCCCGCUGAGUCCCUCCAUACUAUUACUCGCGGCCAAGUUGUGGAAGUUGUCAUCCCACCCUUCGGUAUCGCUGGACCUCACGCCUUCAGCGUUAUCAAGAGCGCCGGUGGUUCUCCCAACUUCGUCGACCCAGUCCGCCGUGACGUGGUCGCUGUUGGUACUGAAGCUGGACAGGGAGACACUAUUAUCCGAUUCGUUGCUGAUAACCCAGGACCGUGGUUCUUCCAUUGCCACAUCGAGUUCCACCUUGUCACCGGUUUGGCUGCUGUCUUCAUGGAAGCCCCCGACGAGAUCGCCAGCAGCAACCCCCCUCCUCCCUCGUGGGAUGCCCUGUGCCCUGCUUUCUCUGCUCUUCCUCCCUCGGCCACGAGCAUCCGCAUUGUCCCCACCCCUACUCCCUAA